UCCAGCAGUACGCACAUGUAGCUCUUCAGCGUAAUUCAGCGUAAAGCAUACUAUAAGGUACACCUGCCUAAAUUUGCUCAGCAGAAAUAACAUUUUUUGUUUUGUUGCUUAGUUAUUUGCAAAAUGAGGACUUUGCUCACCGUCGCCGCUCUGGUGGCAGUAACCAGCGCAGCCAGUAUUUCUCUGGAGGACCUGGAGUUCCAUGCCUGGAAACUGAAGUUUGGUAAGUUCUACAAAUCCGCGGAGGAGGAGUCUCAGCGGAAGGAGACCUGGCUGGCCAAUCGCAAGCUGGUUCUGAUCCACAACAUGCUGGCUGACCAGGGCAUCAAGAGCUACAGACUGGGCAUGACCUACUUUGCAGACAUGGACAACCAGGAGUACAGGCAGGCUGCGUUCAAGGGCUGCCUGGGUUCCUUUAACAGGACUAAAGCCCACAGCACAACUACGUUCCUCCGACAGGCAGGGGGCGCUGUGCUGCCGGACACAGUGGACUGGAGGGAUAAAGGCUAUGUGACUGACGUCAAGGACCAGAAGCAGUGUGGCUCCUGCUGGGCCUUCAGUGCGACAGGAGCACUGGAGGGUCAGACCUUCAGGAAGGCGGGCAAGCUGGUGUCUCUCAGCGAGCAGCAGCUGGUGGACUGCUCCGGGGAUUAUGGGAACAUGGGCUGUGGUGGUGGUCUAAUGGACCAGGCCUUUGACUACAUCAAAGACAAUGGUGGGAUCAACACAGAGGAGUCCUACCCUUAUGAGGCCAUAGACGGGGAGUGCAGAUUUAAACCAGACUCUGUGGCUGCCACCUGCACUGGUUACGUGGACAUUACCAGCGGAGACGAGGACGCUCUGAAGGAAGCCGUGGCCACUAUUGGUCCUGUUUCUGUCGCCAUAGACGCGGGACACUCCUCCUUCCAGCUCUACAGCUCAGGUGUGUAUGAUGAGCCCAACUGCAGCAGUAGUGACCUGGAUCAUGGAGUCCUGGCUGUUGGUUAUGGCAGUCACAAGGGACAGGACUUCUGGCUCGUCAAGAACAGCUGGGGUUUUGACUGGGGUCAUGAAGGCUAUAUCAUGAUGUCCAGGAACAAGCACAACCAGUGUGGCAUCGCCACGGCAUCCAGCUAUCCUCUGGUCUGAGGCUGGACGAGAGUAAACACCCCAUAUAACACUGUGAGGAAGCUGAAAUCUUAAGUACUUGAUCUGAUCGACAAGUAACACUGCAAUAUAUCUCAGGAUUUAUACACUGGAAAUGAAUAAUACAUAAAAUACAAUAAUUUCAUAAAAUAGUGCCAAAAAUGAUGACAAUAGCAGAAAGUAAUAGUUUCUUUCCGUUCUACUGAAUGAAUGUACAGCGGUGGUGUGAAUGUGAGUGGGAAGAUAAAAUGAUAAAGAU